AUGAAGAUCCCAGUUCUUCCCGCAGUGGCUCUCCUCUCUCUUCUGGCUCUGCACUCCGCCUGGGGGGCCGCCCUGGGGGGUUCUGAGGAAGAAACCACCAUCGGCAACUACGUGGCGGGAUCCGAGGCUUUUAAGCCUGAUGAAUUCCUGAACUGGCACGCGCUCUUCGAGGCUAUCAAAAGGAAACUUCCUUUCCUCAACUGGGAUGCUUUUCCUAAGCUGAAAGGAUUGAGGAGUGCAACUCCUGAUGCCCAGUGA